AUGUUAUUAAAGUUAAACAAGAAGGGCGCUGCUUCUCUACCAGACAAGAAGAAGGCUAUCGAACCAGGUAGACAUCCGGACCUCCACGAAGUUCUCGCUACCGUGCAGUUCAAGGUAACCAACAUAGGGAAGCUCGCGGGUGCAACAGUUCCUCAACUCUACGUAGGCUUCCCGCAAGACACAACCCCAGAUAGAACCCCGGUUAAGAUGCUUCGAGGCUUCGAGAAGGUCCAUAUCAAGGCUGGUCAUAGACAAAUUGUCAAGUUCGAAAUUACUCGCAAAGAUAUAAGCUUUAAGAAUGUUGUGAAGUAG